UGUGGUCUCCGAAAGAGAACGACGUGAGGUUUUCCACCAUUCCUUCCCUUGCCCAAACCCAACACAUCUUUUCGCACUCCCUCGACCAGCACGCCGCGCCGCCCGCGUCGUGGAUCGAGAACACCGGACCGGACAUCUUGGCCGUCCCACGAACGAGCGACCGAUCGAACCGCUUUUCGCGACACAUUCCCGAGCCGAGCGAUUAACGCGACCGUGGAGGAGGCGACAUCAUCCAAGCCUCGCUCCUUCGGGGCGCCUCCGUUGUGAGCGGAGAGGCCUCGUCUUCCCAGAGGCGACCGAUACGACGAGCGCGACAACUGCGACUGACUAUCGCAGUCUGUUGAUCGAUUUUUGCGCUGGAGCUGCCGGGUUUUAGACCAUUUUAAUUUUUCCUUGCCGCACCGCUCGCUUUUUUCCUCACUUUUCGCUCACUUCUGUCGCGACUUCGCGCGAUUUCCUUCGGCCAUCGCGACGCCACUUUUUAAUCACUUCCCCGCGCUUCAUCCCACUCUUCAUCUUGUGAUCCAUCGCGCACAUCGUCAUCAUGGCGAACCUUAUCUUCGAGCCGUCUUCGGCUCCCCUCAAGACGAUUGAGGAGAUCCAGUUCGGAGUCCUGUCGCCCGAGGAGACCAAGAACAUGAGUGUCGCACACAUCCAGUACCCAGAGGCUAUGGACGACACCCGCACGAAGCCUCGUGAGGGUGGCUUGAACGACCCUCUUCUUGGCUCUGUGGACCGGCAGUUCAAGUGCAAAACUUGCAACAACUCCAUGUCGGAAUGUCCAGGUCAUUUCGGCCAUAUCGAGCUUGCCAAACCUGUGUACCAUCCGGGCUUCAUCAAGAAAACGAAGAAGAUCCUGGAGAUGGUGUGCCACGAGUGCGGCAAGCUGCUAUGCGACAAGGAUAACGACGAAGGCUUCUUGGACGCCAUCCGGACACGGGACCCCAAGGUGCGCUUCGCCCGUGUCUGGGCUAUGUGUAAGGACAAGAAGUUCUGUGAGAACGAGACCACCAAGAAGGGCGGCGACAAGGAUGGCUUCGAAUCCUCAAAACCUCAAGUCACCAAGGUUCCCCAUGGCGGAUGCGGCAGCGCACACCCAAACAUCCGCCAGAAGGCAUUGGCACUUUUCGCGAGGGUGAAAGGCGAGACGAACGACGAGGAGACUGCCCAAAAGAAGGAAAUCAAAGACAAGCCCAUCACGCCCGAGACGGCCCACGCUGUUCUCAAGAAGAUCUCGGAAGAAGACAUGUGGAAUAUGGGCCUGAACAAGGAUUACGCGCGCCCCGAGUGGCUCAUUGUCACGGUGCUGCCUGUGCCGCCCCCUCCAGUGCGGCCUAGCAUCUCGAUGGACGGCACCGGUACAGGAAUGCGCAACGAAGACGAUUUGACCUACAAGCUCGGUGAUAUCAUCCGCGCCAACGGCAACGUGAAGCAGGCGAUCCAAGACGGUGCGCCUGCCCACAUCUGUCUCGAGUUCGAGGAGCUGUUGCAGUACCACGUCGCCACGUACAUGGACAACGAUAUCGCUUCCGUCCCCCGUUCGCUUCAGAAGAGUGGUCGCCCCGUCAAGUCUAUCCGCGCUCGUCUCAAGGGCAAGGAGGGCCGUCUGCGUGGUAACCUGAUGGGAAAGCGCGUGGAUUUCUCGGCCCGUACGGUCAUCACAGGUGAUGCCAACAUUUCUCUCGACGAGGUCGGUGUGCCGAGGAGCAUUGCCCGCACCCUGUCCUACCCGGAGACGGUCACGCCGUACAACAUCAGCCGCCUGCACCAAUACGUUGCGAAUGGGCCUAAUGAACAUCCUGGCGCCAAGUAUGUCAUCAGGAGCGACGGCAGCCGUAUCGACCUGCGUCACGUCAAGGGACGCAACGGAAUCUCACUCGAGUAUGGCUGGAAGGUGGAGCGUCAUCUACUCACGGGCGACUAUAUCAUCUUCAACCGUCAACCGUCGCUGCACAAGGAGUCCAUGAUGGGCCAUCGAGUCCGUGUCAUGCCCUACUCGACUUUCCGACUCAAUCUUUCGGUCACGUCGCCCUAUAACGCCGAUUUCGAUGGUGAUGAAAUGAACCUGCACGUGCCCCAGACCGAGGAGACGCGCGCCGAGGUGCGCGGACUCUGCAUGGUGCCUCUCAACAUCGUCUCGCCGCAGCGCAACAGUCCCCUCAUGGGUAUCGUCCAGGACACACUGGCAGGCUGCUACAAGCUUUGUCGACGUGAUGUGUUUCUUACCAAAGAGCAUGUCAUGAACAUCAUGCUCUGGGUACCGGACUGGGACGGCAUCAUCCCCAUGCCCUGCAUCCUGCGCCCGCGGCCCCGCUGGACCGGCAAGCAGAUUAUCAGCAUGAUCAUCCCCAAGUUUGUCACGACGCACACGGGCAACGACUUCAACCCUCUCAACGAUGACACCCUGAUGAUCCAGUCAGGCGAGCUCAUGUACGGUCUCCUUACCAAGAAGAACGUCGGCGCUUCUUCGGGUGGCAUCAUCCACAUCUGCUACAACGAACAAGGCCCAGACAGCGCCAUGGCCUUCCUGAACGGCUGCCAGCGUGUGGUCAACUACAUGCUUUUGCACUAUGGCCACAGCAUUGGUAUCGGUGAUACGAUUCCGGAUCAGGAAACCAUCGCGAAGAUCCAGGCGCACAUCACUGAGCAGAAGACCGAGGUCGCGGAGCUCACUCAGGCUGCCACAACCAAUACCCUCGAGGCCCUUCCCGGCAUGAACAUCCGCGAAACAUUCGAGAGCAAGGUUUCCAAGGCCCUGAACACGGCUCGUGAGAAGGCUGGUACCACGACCGAGAAGAGUUUGAAGGAUCUGAACAACGCUGUGACCAUGUCGAGGUCCGGUUCGAAGGGCUCUGCCAUCAACAUCUCGCAAAUGACGGCACUUGUGGGCCAGCAGAUUGUGGAGGGCAAACGUAUUCCCUUUGGGUUCAAAUACCGGACCCUGCCGCACUUCACCAAGGACGACUACUCGCCGGAGGCACGUGGGUUCGUGGAGAACUCGUAUCUGCGUGGUCUGACACCAACCGAGUUCUUCUUCCACGCCAUGGCUGGUCGCGAAGGUCUGAUCGACACGGCCGUCAAGACAGCUGAGACGGGUUACAUCCAGCGACGUCUGGUCAAGGCACUUGAAGAUGUCAGCGCCAAGUACGACGGUACUGUGCGCAACUCUCUUGGCGACAUCAUCCAGUUCGUCUAUGGUGAGGAUGGCCUCGAUGGUAUGCACAUCGAGAAGCAGAAGAUGGAUCACCUCAACUGCUCGCAGGCCCAGUUCGAUGCGAUGUUCAAGAUGGAUGUCAUGAGUGAGAGCCGCACCAACGAUUUGAACGCUCUCGAGUACGGCAACGAGAUCUUUGGCGAUGCCGUGGCACAGCAGCUGCUGGAUGCCGAGUACGAAGCCGUGCUGGAGGACCGCAAGAUUGUGCGCCGGAUCAACUACAAGAAGAAGGACGACAACGAUAUGCAGCUGCCACUCAAUGUGAACCGCGUCAUCGAGAACGCCAAGAAGCUAUUCAGGCUGGAUUCGGCGCAGCGCAGCGACCUUCGCCCGCAGGACGUCAUCCCGGCAGUGCAGGGCUUUCUCAGUCGCAUGGUGGUGGUGCGUGGUGAUGAUGAGAUUUCCAAGGAGGCCGACUACAACUCGUCCAUCCUCUUCAAGGCACAGCUUCGUUCGCGGCUGUCCUUCAAGCGCCUGGCGGUGCGGGAGCGCCUGAGCAAGAUUGCCUUUGACCACGUCGUUGGCGAGAUGGAGAGUCGCUGGCAGCGGUCCAUGAUCAGCCCCGGCGAGAUGGUGGGUGUGCUCGCUGCGCAGUCUAUCGGUGAGCCCGCAACGCAGAUGACGCUCAACACGUUCCACUUCACGGGUAUCUCGUCCAAGAACGUCACACUCGGUGUUCCGCGUCUGAAGGAAAUUCUCAACGUGUCCAAGGACAUCAAGACCCCAGGUAUGAUCGUCCGCCUCGACCCGGACUUCUACCCGGAACCGAUUCAAGAGCACGCCAAGACGCUGCGUAGCUUGGUCGAGCACACAAACCUGCGGUCGGUUAGCGCCAUGACGGAGAUUUACUACGACCCUGAGAUUAGGAGCACUACGAUCGAGGAGGACCAAGACACGAUCGACGGCCACUAUCUCAUCCCCGAGGAGUCGGCGAACGAGCCUGACUUCCAGUCGCGCUGGGUGCUGCGUCUGACGCUGGAUCGACAAAAGAUGCUCGACAAGGGCCUGCGCAUUGAGGAUGUGGCGGCUCGGAUCAAGAGCGAGUACUCGAACGACCUGGUGGUGAUCCACAGCGACAACAACGCGCCCGAGCAGGUGAUCCGCAUGCGCGCCGUCAACACGGACUCGGAGAAGGACGGCGACGGCGGUGGUAUUGAGGAUGAUGUCAUGCUCAAGCGCCUCGAGUCGCACAUGCUGGACACGCUGACGCUGCGCGGUGUGCCCGGAAUCGAGCGAGCUUUCUUGAACAAGGAUACUAAGCUCUUCGUCAAGCCCGACGGGUCGCUGCUCAACAGCAAGGAUGCGCCCGAGUGCGAGGAAUGGUACCUUGAUACACAAGGCACGUCGCUCCGGCCGGUACUUGCUGUGGAUGGUGUCGACCGGGUCCGGUCUGGCACCAACGACCUCCACCAGAUCGUGGAGAUGUUGGGCAUCGAGGCGGCGCGAACGGCGCUGCUGGGAGAGCUGACCCAGGUGCUUGCUUUCGACGGUUCGUACGUCAACCACCGCCAUCUUGCAUUGCUGGUCGACGUCAUGACGUACCGUGGCAGCAUCGCGGCGGUGACGCGACACGGCAUCAACCGCGCCGACACGGGUGCCCUGAUGCGUUGUUCGUUCGAGGAGACGGUCGAAAUCCUUCUCGAGGCGGCGUCGAUCGGCGAGCUGGACGACUGCCGAGGAAUUUCGGAGAACGUCAUGCUUGGACAGUUGGCACCCAUGGGCACAGGCGCGUUUGAUGUGCUGCUGGACCCCAAGAUGCUCGACACGGUCAUCUCGGACAACUCCCGCAUGGGCUUGAUGCCAGGCCUCACCAUCAAGGGCUCGCAGGCCGAGGGCGCGGCCACUCCCUACGACACGGGCUCGCCCAUGGCCGACUCGGGCUACCUGGGCAUGGGCUCACCCACCAUGGGCAGCUUCUCGCCCAUCGUGAGUGGCGGCUCCGACUCCCCCAGCGGCUUCGAGACGGCCUAUGGCGACCCGUUCCGGGGCCUCAACACUCCCUACGGCGCCGGCGCCAGCCCCAGGGCCACCAGCCCCUUCAGCACAUCUCCGACGUCGCCUUUCAGCGCCAACUACGGCGGUAGCUACUCGCCGGCUUCCCCUGGCGCUGGCUACUCGCCCUCGUCACCCAUGCUGGACAUGUCGGGUCGUUAUGCCUCGUCGCCGAGCUUCAGCCCCUCGUCCCCGUCCUUCUCGCCCUCCUCUCCCGGUUUCCGCGCCACCAACCCGACAAGUCCCAGCUACAGCCCAACAUCACCGGGCUACUCGCCAGCCUCGCCCAGUGGUGGUGGUGCCAAGCACUAUUCGCCCACGUCGCCCAACCAAUUCAACUCACCGACAUCGCCGUCCUACUCGCCCGUCAGUCCAGGCUACAGCCCGGCGUCGCCCAACCUUCAUGCCACAUCACCAAACUACUCUCCGGCAUCGCCGAAAUGGUCUCCCACGUCCCCGACUGGCGCCUACUCUCCCACAAGCCCUGCUCUCCACAGAUCGCCUGCUCAGAACCAGUCGCCCACCAGCCCUGGUUAUUCGCCUAGUUCUCCAACCUUUUCUCCGAGAACUCCCGGCGGGCGAGGGGCCGGUGGAAACCAGGACUCAUACUCACCGACUUCUCCAGGACAUGAGUAGCUGCCGCCUGUCGACAUUCUUUUCUUCUCUUGUUACCUGUUUCAUAAUGUAUAAGGCGCUCUCACGCGUCUUUCAAGAUUCCCAAACUUCUUUUCUCACCGUGACCAUAGAACAUGGCUGGGAACAUGGCCAUUAGAUGUGGAGGAGAGGCUUUCUCUCCAAUUUUUUUUUUCAAGUCCCCAACCAAAAUUGCACGAGCCCGAGACUGUCGAUAUGCGGGAAGGAGGACAGGUUGGAGACGACCCGGGAAGAUGAUUUGUGUCGCUGAGUGGGGGGGACAGGGGCGGGGAACUAAAAGCAUCAAGCGUUCUCCACGAGCCAGGAGGGUGUCUGCAAGACGAUUUGGACUGUACAUUAUGACGUAUGGAGGCGCGGUACCCAGCGCAAUACAGCAAGGGUGCAUCUUCGUCUCGCUG